AAAUAAAUUUUUAAAAUUUUAUUGCUUUUCUUUACAAAUUUUUAAGCAAACAUUGUCAAAUAAUCUUGAUCAUCCUCCUACUAGUAAAUCAUAAUAAUUAAUAUUUCCUACAGUUUCUUAUCCAGCCCACUAGUUUGUUAUGGGGUUUGUUGUUUUACUUUGCAAUGUCAUUUUUCUCUUUCUUGGAUUCUAGUCUCUUCUUUUCCUUUCACCAAUUGUAUAUAUAUAGUGUACUGUUCUUUCUCAGUGGUUAUGCAAUCCUUCUUGUGUGUAAAUUGCUUCUGCAUUUCUAUGCUUUCUCUGAACCCAUUUUUUCUGUUUGGAUCGUUCAGCUUUCUUCUUAUUUUUAUUCAUUCAAUGGCGAAUGAAGCUACUAACCGAACCCAAAACCCCUCUAGUCACUAUUAUCUACAUCCUCCUAACCAUGCCAGUGCUAAGCUUGUCUCCAACCUCUUCGAUUGAUCAGGCUGUGCUGAUUGGAAACGAAGAAUGAUCAUUGGUUUAACAGCCAAAAACAAAACGUGCUUCGUUGAUGGUUCCUUGGACAAACCUGCUGCUAAUUCUAAUGAAGUCAAGGCAUGGGAACACUGUAAUGACAUGGUGAUUGGCUGGAUCAUCGCUUCGUUAGAAAGAUCGAUUGCAAGAAGUGUUAUGUACUAUGUCACAGAAAAAGAUGUGGAAAGAUCUUGAAGAUCGUUAUGGACAAACUUUUGCUGCACAGGUUUAUUCCUUUCAUACUGAACUGUUUGAUAUUGUUCAAGAACCUAAUAUGACCAUAUCGGUGUAUUUCACCAAAAUUAAAUCUAUUUGGGAUCAACAUAAUGUUCUUGAUCCUCUACCUGUGUGUUCUUUUUAUGGUCGUGCUUGUAAUCUUACUAAAAGAAUGCUGAAAUAACAACAAAGUCAAAGGGUUAUUCGUUUUUAAUGAAGGUUUGUGACUCUUUCAAUCAAGUAUGUAGUAAUGUUUUGAUGAUGGAGGAAUUUCCUAAUGCUUCUUUGGCAUAUAGGCUCUUGUUACAGGAAGAGAGACAUCACACCAUAAGUAAACUCACCACUAGUAUUGUUGAACCAGUUGCUUUUUCAGUUGACAGAAACUCUCAUGAAAGGUUGUAUAAUCACACUAAUACUAGCUAUGGUCAGAAACACUACAAAGGCUCUCAUGUCACUGGCAAUAAGAGGUCUAACAACACAUACUAUUGUGAUCAUUGUCACAUGACUGGCCAUACCAUAGACCGCUGCUACAAGCUUCAUGGUUAUCUCAACAAACACAAGUAUCAUAAUACCAAAAGAAUUGCUGCAUUUGCUAAUGAUACUGGUUCUAUGGAGAAAGAAGAUAUAAAGCAUACUGGUCUUACUGUUGAUCAGUUUACUCACCUUUGUGCUUUACUUGGUAAAAAAGAACCACCUCAAGAUACCACUCUUCUAGAAUCCCUUGACAUUCCAAGCACCGCCAAUAUAGCAGGGCUCUUCAAUGACAAGAUCCAUGCCUCUUGGUAAUCUCACUGGUGGUCUUUAUAUUCUUGAAAGAAAUACAUAAGGCAGCCGUUCAGACACUCCACACGUCAGUACUAAUAAGACUUAUUCAGCAUCUACUUUCACUCCUAAGUCUACUCUUGAAGAAGCUAAACUAUGGCACAUUAGAAUAGGACAUAUCCCUUUUACUCACAUGAAAUUAAUUUGUCCUCGUCUUGAUGUAGCUACUUUAUAAAAGGAAGUAUUCUAUACUAUUUGCCCACAAGCUAGGAAAACUAGGCUCUCUUUUUCUCCUAGCUUUAUUAAAACCAAGGCACCUUUUGACAUGUUACAUGUAGAUGUUUGGGGCAACUACAUAUUAUAAUUGUACUUACUUUCUCACUAUUGUUGAUGAUUUCACAUGUUGUACUUGGGUAUACCUAUUGCAGUACAAAAGUCACUAUUAAUUUUGGGAAUUAUUAUUUAUCG